AUGCCCAUACGCACGGCUGCACCACCUUUCAAUCAGCCCUCGGCGGAUCUCACACUCCGUACCGUUGACCUUGUCGACUUCUAUGUGAACUCGCCAAUGCUCGUCCAUGCCUCGCCGUUUUUUGCCGCCAUGCUCGCGCUUCCCCAGCCCGCUGCAACCCCACCUCCCUCUGCGGAUCAUCACGAUACAGCGUUGAACAAAACGCCCACCAUACCCGUGCCAGAGGACAGCACGACUCUCGACCUCCUCCUACGCCUAGUCUACCCCAUCUCCAAGUCUCGCGUGCAGAUGGAAGACCCGCGGGGGAUGGAACCCGUCCUACAAGCCGCAAUAAAGUAUGAGAUGGAGCUGCCCGUCGAAAUUCUGACUAGGAGGCUUUGCGAGAUUAUGCCCCAGAAUCCUCUGCAGGUGUGGGCGACCGCCUGCCGUACGGGCCUCGAGGACGUCGCACGCCGAGCCGCC